CUAUCUUCUUUAGAAUCCAAAACCGUAAGCCACUUUUUCAUUCUUCAUAUGUAAUAUCUAUGUGAUAUAUACUUAAACACCUAGCUAUAGAUUUUUAAAAAAAAAAUGUCGAAGGUGGAAAAAAAAAUGUCGAAGCAAACCAAGCCAAAAGAGACGAAGAAGAAACUAAACGUGCUGAUCGUCGAUGAUGAUGCAAUAAACCGUAAGCUCCAUGCGAGGAUCAUCAAUCAGAUAGGAGGAGUUUCUCAGACGGCGGAAAAUGGUGAGGAGGCAGUGAUUCUCCACCGCGACGGCAAUGCAUCCUUCGACCUUAUCCUAAUGGAUAAGGAAAUGCCCAAGAGGGAUGGUGCUUCGGCAACUAAGAAGCUAAGAGCAAUGAAAGUGACGUCAAUGAUCAUUGGGGUGACGACUCUAGCUGACAAUGAAGAGGAGCGUGCGGCUUUUAUGGAAGCUGGACUUAACCAUUGCUUGGCAAAACCCUUAUCCAAGGAAAAUCUCCUCCCUCUCAUUAACCACCUCUUGGAUGCUUAUAAUGGUUGACGUAGAUCGUAUCAUCAUAUGUAUCUAUGUUUUCUAUCCUGAAAAAUAAAUGUCUACACAUACACGUGUAUAUGACAUAUAUCUGCAUGUGUUUCUUUUGAAAUUUAGGGUUUUUCAUAUCUAUGUUUUAUUUCUUCUACCGUCCGAGAUGAAUCAUGUAACUCGUUUCUUUUCGCUUAUAUAAAAAAGGGUUUCUGAAUGAA